AUGGAAGAAGAGAGGGUAGAAAGUCCAUUAUUGUUGAAGAAAAGAUACUAUGAGAACUGUCCUGGUUGUAAGGUGGAUCAAGCCAAGGAGCUGAAAAAUGAUGCUUCCUUCAUAAAUCUUUCUUUUAUAUGGUUGGCUGUGUUGUGUGGCACGUUGCCUGUAGCAUCACUUUAUCCCUUCGUUUAUUUCAUGGUGAAAGAUUUUAAUAUUGCAGAUACAGAAGAAGAUAUAAGUACCUAUGCUGGUUAUGUGGGAUCAUCAAUGAUGCUUGGUAGGGCUUUGACAUCCAUAUUGUGGGGUAUGAUUUCUGAUCGCUAUGGUAGAAAACCUGUUAUCAUUAUUGGGAUUAUCGCUGUUGUCAUUUUCAACACAUUAUUCGGUCUUAGCACCAGUUUUUGGAUGGCUAUUAGCAUGAGAUUUCUUCUUGGAAGUUUAAAUGGUUUACUUGGACCAAUAAAGGCUUAUGCCACUGAAAUUUGCAGAGAAGAGGACCAAGCUCUAGGACUCUCAACAGUGGUUGCCGCUUGGGGAGUAGGUUUAGUCAUAGGUCCAGCAUUGGGAGGUUAUUUGGCUCAGCCAGUGUUGAAAUACCCACAUGUAUUUCCAAAGGAAUCCUUUUGGGAUAGGUUUCCAUACUUCUUGCCGUGCUUCAUAAUAUCAGCUUUUGCGUUUGUAUCAGCAAUUGCUUGCAUUUGGCUCCCGGAGACCCUUCACAAACACAAUGAUAGCAUUGAGUCCACCAUAAAUGUUGAAGCUUUGGAAAUACAAAGUUGUGGGGAAGACAAAGAUAAGAUGAUCCAGAAAGAUGAAAGCAUCUUUCAAAAUUGGCCCUUAAUCUCAUCCAUAAUUGUUUACUGUGUUUUUUCACUACAUGAUGUUGCUUAUCAAGAGGUUUUCUCAUUGUGGGCUCUCAGUCCUGUUAGAUUGGGUGGUUUGAACUUUUCAAGUGAUCAUGUUGGUAUUGUUCUAGCAAUUUCAGGUGUUGCUAUUAUAAUCUACCAGCUUACCCUUUAUCGAUCAGUGGAAAAAGCUUUUGGACCUCUCACUCUAGUAAAGAUCACAGGGGUUUUAUCCAUACCUCUCUUGCAAUGUUAUCCUUUCAUGACUAUGUUGUCAGGCUUCACACUAGACCUAGUGAUCAAUAUUGUCUCCAUCCUCAAGAAUUUAAUGAUCGAGACAAUUGCAACUAGCUUAUUCGUUCUGCAGAAUAAAGCUGUGGACCAACAUCAAAGAGGGACAGCUAAUAGCAUUGCCAUGACUGGUAUGUCAGCAUUUAAAACAAUUGGUCCUGCUAGUGCUGGUGCCUUAUUAUCUUUGUCGCAAAAGCAUAUAAAUGGUUCUUUUCUGCCAGGCAACCAUAUAGUGUUCCUCGCCCUGAAUGUUGUUGAAGGACUUGCGGUUCUGUUGAUGUUCAAACCAUUCUUGAGUGUAAAGAGUAAAACACCAUCAGAGCAGUUACAGCAAUGUUAA